AUGGAGUCAGCAGUGUGAGUGUGCAAGGAGUGAAAAGGGGCAUCCAUCGACUUGGAGGUGCUUCAUCUGGAUGCACACCAGAGCGAGAGGGGGACUGCAAUCGGUCUUUUUCUAUUUUUAACUUUGCGCUUUCUUCAACUUUGGCACUUGCCCUCCUUGCACCGCUCGGGGUCGUUCUUGGAUGGGAAAAGCAUUCUUUCUGAAACGGGUGGCCUUCGCGUGCGCACGUGCCGAGAAUGUUGUCGUCACCCCCAGCGACAUGGCAUCGGUGCACCCCGCAUCACCAAAAAUACAACACAAACAAGCAGCUUCACGCCACCGAGCAAUGGUCCGUAGCGCGCCCUACACCUCUGCUCUGCUCGUUGGUGUCGUUUAGCGGCCUUGAAGCGCAGUCGGUUGUCGGUAGACUUUUGAACCCCCCAAUCCGCACCGGCUCGCUCACUUGCAAGGUGCUUCUCCCUGAUCGAUGAACGUCGUGGAAGCGCGGUUCAAAGUCGAUGUAUUGCUUCGUUUGCGACUCAAGUGCAGCCACUCUUGCUUGCCCUUCAACAUCAAGCAAGGACCUCUUUACGCGACGACUCGGCCCGACGUACUCCUUGUGCUCUGCAGCACCAUCUCGGGCUGCUUCUGACAAGAGACCUCUCUAGCGCUCUUAGCCUUCGCUUCUCUCGCCUAGCACAUUCCUCGUCUCUAGCAACGAAGGAGAAGUAGCAUUCGGUAUGAGGUCGAGCUUGUCGGCUGCAGCCACUUGCGCUCUACAAGCUGUCCUUGGGCUCCUCCUUCUGGCGCAUCAUCAGAUCUUUGCACACUCGGACAACCAUACGCCAGAGCAUGAUUUGGAUGGAAAGCUCAAGACGACGUCGACGCAGCUAGCAGCGCAAGUCGCAGAGCUGCCUUUGUUCAAGAUAGACAUGAAGGACUACGUUGCUGCCAAUCCUCUGCUCAAGGCUGCCAGAAACAUGUAUCACGAGAAUGGAUGGGAGUACGAGCGUUUGCGGGGCAAGCAAAGGAGUAGUAAGGAGGUGCGGGAGCAUGUGGUGCGGCCUGCUCCAUCCACCAAAUCUUCCAACGCCCUAUCCAAUCCGACGGGCAGCACCUUCUACGCCAAACCGGGUGAAGAGUGGACAUUUCGACGAUCCCACUUGGGCAAGCACAAGCCCGCUUCGACAACAGGAAUGCAGGAGAUCGAGUCUCAAUGACCCAUCUAUAUUGGCCAUCGACCCAGAUUGUACGAUGCGGUGCGCGAAAAUAGGAUCGUGGGCAAGGUUCACACGCCAAAUUAUAUCGGCAUCAAGGGCGUGUACGAUGCGAGCAGCGAAGAAGCGACUGUUCGAGCCUUUGAAUUGGGAAAGCCGGAUAGGUCUACGGCCGAGAGGCUUUUGCAUGGACUGAGAGGUCAAGCUAUGCGCGAUCAAGAGGAUUCCGAGGCAAGGAGGAUGAAGCGCUGGGUUUGAGCGUGAAGGAGUGGGAAAAGUGGGUCGAUAGUUUGGCUUUGGAAGUUUUUAGAUUGGAUGUCUGAUUGCGCUUCAGCGGUGCCUGGCGACAGCUGGCCGAUUGGUUGGCUGCUUCCAGACGAACGCGAGCGUUGAGGAGACGUCGUGCAAAGCGCGUUCUGGAAGCAAACGAACUCUGCGGGACUGCGAUCCGAGUGGCUACCUACCAUACCACUGUCCACUGUACGCAUCAUUGACGUAGCUCGCACAAGACAUGCAGACGGUGCGAAACACGAGGAGUAGAGUCGCGAGUGUGACGUGUUCUCCUCGGGUCCGGUCCGCAUCGAGCGAAGGUCUGGUAACUGGAGCAAAGGGAAGCUCCACGAGCGCCGCCGCCUAACGGGUGUGUCUUUCACCGCCGUCUCUCGGCUGAGCUAGGGUGGCGGCGCUCUUGCUUGUAGUUGCUUUUGCUCAUAGCAGUGCACAUUGGCGUUUGGCGCCAUCCGUCGCGCAUUGCCGUGCCGUGCCGGUACACAGGCGCGUAAAUAGAGGAUUCACAUUGUUGAUGGACGAAGAAAAGUCCCAACCAAACCUGAAGCUUGGCGUUAGCGUGCUGACACUUGCCACAUCUGAACUUGUUCCGCAUCAGAACAAAUACCGGCCCGCGUCUUAAACCCACUGAAGGAUGUUGCAAACAUCUUCUUCUACACCAUUCGCGCAGCUCAUUUCUUCUCUUCUCAACAUUCACAAAACAAAUCUGCGACGCGUUCGCCAAGUGUUCUCGAUCAAGUCUUACAUCCAUCCUACUUGCCUAUUUGUGCUUCCACUCGAUCCCGUGAGUAGAUUCUACAACGCGCCCCACCCCUCUUCGAGUGGCGCGCUGACCGAGGACGAUUCACACUCAGACUAGUCGCGCAAAUGUCUCGAGCACUGCAUCUCGCUGCGAGCAUUUACAUACUCGUCAUUGCUGUUCUUCUCGGUACCAGACAUGCCCACGCCGUGCAGACCCCCCCUGCUGUGCCGGACACGCGCGUCUCGAAAGCAAGACCCGACGCUGCUGCUGCUGCUGCUGCUGCUGCUACCCCUUUCUCCUCGAUUUGGAAAAGGGCGCCACUUCUUUCGAGCCUUGCCAAAAAAGUUCUGAUCAAGAUACAAAAAGCAUCAGCGACGACUUCGCGAGGAGGUAAUUUGAGCUGCCUAGGCUGUGGCAAGACGGACUUUAGCGAUCCAGGACCUUCGCCACCUCACAGAGGCUCGCCCGUGACAGAGUACAGCAUCAGCUCUACCAGCCUAUCGAGCUACGGCUACAAAACAACCGAGCAGGACAGCAUGGGCGAUCUGAAAGAGUCGGUGCGAGCGCACAAACAGGCACAAAAGCUCAAAGGAUCGACGCUCCAGUCCGAAUCUUCCGGCUUCCUCGUAGCAGCAGGCCCCAGGCCAAGCAAAGCAGCCAGCACGCGAUGGUAA